AUGACGGAAAAACUUAUUAAAAGAAACCCGGUAUUCCAAGUAGAUGAAAUUAAUCUGCUGGACAGUUUAGUUUUUAAAUAUAAACAUGUAUUGGAAAAUAAACAAGAAGGAGCGGUACAAGUAGCCCAAAAAUCAAAGUAUUGGAAUAUUGUGGCAGAUGAAUUUAAUGCAGCUGCAUUAAACGUUUCACGUCCUGCUCUUAAUCUCAAAAAAUAUUGGGAAAAUAGAAAAAAUAACAAAAAAGCCGAACUAUGUGCUGAAAAAAAGAAAUAA